CUGUCCUUGCGCAUAUUCCACAAGGAUGUCUGUUCCUCGAAAGCAGGUUGUAGGAUCUUGGUUGGAUCUUGAACGACACGUAUUUGUUGGGGGAAAUCAUGAGGAUCGUUGAUCUCAUCUCUAUCAUGAUAAGAAAUAUAAGUUUAAGUUGUUAUUCUUUGUCAUAUUAACUAUAUCAAUGUAGUAUUGAGGCCGACAUCAUCAUCAUUCAGACUCCAGACUACAACACUUUUCUUUGAGGAGGAAGACUCUAGCAGCUACAUCAUCUUUUCCAGAGGUUGGCGAAGAGCUGCUACGGAGCUCAUUCGAUUUCAUCAUGAGGAUGAUGGGCACAAGGAUGUUGAUUGGCGCGUUGAGAUAUCAACACUGGUGGAAGGUGAUUCCUUUCAUCUGCUGGGGCAUUGGGCUUGGUUACAACCUGCGGGGAAGCAAAAGGAUCCAGCUUGCCGGACUUCCGGGAAAUGACACAGAUUAAGGCACCCAAGAUGGCAUCCUCAACAUCAUCCCUGGCCAGUCGACUAGUGAAUAAUACUUUUAUUUGUUCGACGUCUCAUUUGGAUCGGUGGAAUAGGUUUUUGGACUCUCUAAGGUUAACAAGGUUAUUCAUCUUACAGUCUCUUUUUCUUAUAUUCUCGGCUGCCACACUACUAAUUAUGAGUAUUUGAAUGAAUGAAAAGUAUCCAGUGGUCGCUGGCCUAAGGGCUGCGGACACGGCAGCUCUAAACAGAACAAUGGCUGGAGAGCAGUCACGCGGCAACAAGAACAUCAAACACUACGAGACUCGAGAAUGCCUUCGGUAUGCUCAGUCAGGAUCCCCAUCAACAGAAAGGAUUCAAGGCGACCACCGUAGUUGAGCAUGAAGACAAUGCAAAGCAAGAAGAGAGCCAAGCAAAUGCGACUGAGAAGCACAACCCGGAGCAUUCUGUUAAGGAACUACAUGUCAUUUAUAGAGUCUAUGUACUGACUUCAAUUAGAAGUCAAAAAUCUAUAGUACUCUGUGCCGACUUUCUUGUUCUGACCCAACUAAGAUCUUUGUCUUACUUCAAUCUUCCAUGAUGACCUAGCAAUGUAUAGCAACAGCUAAGAACAAGAACGAUAACGAAGCACCUUUUGCCAGUGUGUCACAUGAGGGACAAACCGGUAAAAAAGAAAUGAUCUAUCGCUCAAAGCAUUUAUCAUGAUGUAUUUAUCAUGCCAUUUUGCUCAACCCAUUCUUCUACUUGAAGUACAGGGAUAGUAAAGCUAUUACGUCUUCAUUUUCUAAGAAAUGUGGCGACCCCGGUGACGGAGAAGUAGAGUCCCUUGCCCUCAACGCAUCGUCGAGUUUUAUGUCUUCAUCUCCCUGCUGCGACGAUGCAAAGCCGUCAACAUCAUCCCCGAAAAAUUUACGACAACUUCUACAAGAAUCAAUAAAAGAUAUCGAUGGAGCUAGAAACUUCUUAAAGACUAGAAGUAGAAGUACCGAUCUACCAGGACUCAUAUAAUUGAUAACCCACCUGCUAGUCGAUGUUUCACUGACUCCUAAAUACCUAUUUGUAGGGUCUGUGAACAGUAUGUACCAAGUAGUCAAAAUCACGAUAUUGUCGUUUCUUCAUGAAUCAUCCUGCUCUAUGUUACCCUGACCCCACCUGUAUCAUGUCGACCUACCCCAGCGUCUGAACAUGCACGACACCCCUUGCUGGGUAAUAUACUCCUACUGCCACCAUUGCGAGGACCUCUACUCCUAUUAGUAGUAGUACUAUGGAUACGAAGUAUUAACUUCUCUAACACAUCGUCGCCAGAUCAUAAAAAUAGAUAUGCAGUCUAAAUCGUAGCACUAUAUAUCACAACUAGUUGUUUUCAUAAUGUUAAUGUUUGACUUUGACACUACUAAUAUUAAACCACGUCUAAGAUGAUUACUAUGUUAAGUUAUCACUUUCUUGUAGAGGUGUGCUGCAAAUCUUGAUUGGCUUUCACCUUUUAGGUGAAGGCUUAGGUCCUGCGACGCUCAAAGCACUGAGUAAAACAACCGGGUAGUUUUCACCUCCACACUCUUAGGCUUAUCCCAUGCAGCAAUACUAUGCUAAGUACUGCGUACUAGGCGUGAUGAGCCUGGCUUUGAAGUGGUGGCUCUUCUAAUAGGACCGGCGGGAACGAAAAAAUCUGGAGAAACGUCAGGAACAGAGGGCCUAUCCGAGGAGGAGGAGGAGUUCGAUCGAAUGCUGGACCGCAAGAUGGAGAGGGAAGAGGCUGAACGGAGAAGGGUGAACGAAAUUUAUGACUCCCAAUAUAGUUUAGCCUACCAUCAUGAGAGGAUAGAAGAACGAGCAUGAGCAUCGGCAAAAGCGUAUGUUUGGGCUGGUGAGAUAAUCAAGAUUUUUCUUUUUUUCUGUGAUGUUAACAUUCUGAUCGUGAAAAAAAAACCUGGUUCAGACAUGGUUCCGCAUUAGUGGAUGAAUGAAUUUCUAAGUAAGGCGAUUUAAGUAUUUGCACUAUGCUUUUACGAAGAGCACAUCAAUCUACGAAGAUAUAGCUACCUUUUCGUUCCGACGGCGCUUCGCUAGUACGAAGUUAGGAUAGACUUUCUUGGAUCCCUGGUUGAAGACCACUUCGAAGCAAGACCCUUCAUCUUACAGCAAGCUACCUACAUGAUAGGACCACAAAGACUAGAUAUGCACUGAUGAUGUCGAAAAAUAGGCUUCCUCUUCUUUUAUACCUCUAGACUGGGCACCCUCCUCCUCCUUCUUCUUCUUCUUCUUCUUCUUCUUCUUCUUUUUAAAUCCUAAUCCUAAUCCUCUAAUGGUGACGUCAGGCUGCUUUACGAGAAGAGCGCAAGCUGUUUCCGAAGCGUGCUGCUUUUCGAGCCGAGCUCGGUAAAUACGAGUCCACGGAGAUGGCGAAAACUCUUCGAGCACAAGGGAAAAAAUUUUACGUGCUUCGAUGUAGACAGAGUCUAAAUUUACAUCAACGCGACAUAUGUCGGUUACGUGGUAGCUUUAAUAGACGAGUCAUUACCCUCAACAACAUACUCUAUUCCUGUUGUAAUAAGGCUUACUAGAUAGCAGCAUGGAAAAAAUAAAGAAUCAGGAAUUCGGUAUGAAAAAAAAUACCUGUAAUGUGUAAUAUGUAUGUAAUCAUACAAAAUAUGGUCUAUUCUAGCAAAAAAAAAGUGCUUGCGAUUAUAUAGUACUAGAAAAAUACAGAGUUUCGUCAACCUCCAUGCUUUUCAUGUAUUUUCUUGUAAAGACUUUAUAAUUGUGUGAUAAUCGUUCGUGGAGUGGUCGUGGUGAUCCUUUCUAGGAUAGAAGCUCUAUGUGUUGAUCGUCGACCUCUCUAAAUUGCGGCUGCACUCUGCGGGCACCUGGUGAAUGCGGGCGAGGACAAAGCCAAGGGCAUACUGCACGAGUAUGCUGACGCAUAUAGCGCCACGUCGCCAUCCCCAUCGCAACCCUGGCUCGUUAGCCUGCAGGCUGACGUCUACCAAGUGAAGCAAAAGGUUGUCGACUACAUGAGGGAUCGCAUACAGCAAUGUGACUCUUACGAAAGGAUCCUGCUCGUUCACUCGAAUACUCAAGUUCAAGAUGAGCGAGUAAGAAAUACAAUAACCGAGUAUCUGAGAUUGUUAUCUAGGCUACUCGGUUCUUUCAGUUUGUCCUUGUCGGAUUCGGAUACAUCAUAAAUACCUAAGACUCAUCUUUUAUGUAACAAUUCCUCAUAGGUUCUUCAGUAGAAGUCCCACUUGCAGCUAAGCCUAAGCACCGCCUGGAUACAUACUUAGUUUUAGUUACAUUCAAGAAACAUAACCGAGGUCCGUCCUCCUUAGGCUCCUGUUUUUUCCCUCCGUCCGUGAUUUGAACACGCCGUUUUUUCGGAAUACGAUUGUUGGAUUGAAUGACGAAGUACUACACUCUCAGGCCACCUUUAAGCUUCCGUGAGCAAAGAGCGUCAGCAUGCUCUAGAUCGGGACAGUAUCGAGACAGAGGGCUCAGAGAUGACUUACCGUGAAUUGCUAAGGUCGUGGGCGGAUUUGCAGCGUGAGUUGCUUCGUGCGAUCGGCAAUUAAGGCUAGAGAUCACCGUGCUUCUUCUUUAAUGUCAUAUUGACCUACAACCACUUCGAGAACCUCCAGGGCUUAACAAUAGUAUUGAUGUUGCCUCCUGGCAUUGUUUUCCGUGUAGUUCGAUUGUUCUUAUUCACAGUACUAACUUGGAACUCAUAUAUUAGAAAUAGAUCACCAACAGAUAUGUUGACCUUGACAUGCACCAUAUUAGUUGAAGAACCUUGUAUAAGUAUCUAUAAGUUUGUUAUCAGACCUUUCGUACCCCUGUGGUUUUUUCCCAGGUAGGCCUGUCGGUAAUUAUACAGGACAUAGUGUUGUUGAUGUAGAGGUUCUUCGCUUCGGCGGUUAGCCUGCCGCCACAAGGCUUCUUCGGAGGUCAAGAGCGACCACAUCAGAGCCACACACAUGCCAUAGACGUCCUAGGUUUUUGUAGCUCGUCUUGCUUGGUUCAGCUUCGUCAGCUAUUCUCUUUACAUCAAAGUAGAACUACGUCAGGACAUAAUUCAUUGAGCUUGUCUUGUCCUUGGAAUUGUAAAUACCCACAUUUCCUUGUCCUACCUGAUAAGUGUACAGGUCAACGGCUAAACCACCAAGCCAACUGCGCAGUAGACCCAACUCUAAAGUUAGAUGGAAGGCGAGGAUCUGACGACGGUAAAGAAGAUGGUCAAAAAGCAUGCCCAGGAGUUGGCCAACGCGGACGGCUCUAGCAGUACCGACCUACGGACGUCGCUACCAUGACUAAGACGAGCGGGAGGACUGCAAUAGCGGGAGCAUCAGCUGCGACGUUGCCGCAGUAAAUACCGAGGAAGACUGGUAAAAUGAAAACGCGGGGGACUGGUAAAAUGCAAACAUCUGUGUUGACGCAGAAGCCAAAGUACGGGACGACAAGCUCACGUUUGCGCUCCAGAAGCUAGUCAAUGAAGAGAACGCGUAAGCUGCACUUUAAGAAUACUUGUUUCUUCAAAAAAGAUGUUUUCCUCUACUUCAUUUAUGAUCAUAAGUAGUAAGUCUGAUAGAGACCUUGUACUAAUAGUAAAUUCCCUACGUUUACCUUAUACAUAGUAGUUUUUUAGGCUCCUUGCUACUGCUACUGCUAGCUCGGCUAAUUAGAGAUUGUUUUUCAGAGAAACGAAUCAUUUGAUAAAAAUCUAUGACAUAAAGCAACAUGAUGCGCGACUCGCUACGCGCGUAAGUACUAUUUGUGUUAGACAUAGUAGCUAGUUUUUUUUUUGUUCUUCAGCUACUGCUCAUUCCCGCGUUUAACGGAUUCGUCGCAGGCUCCAUGGUAAGUAAGUUCUCUUUUGAUGAAAUCAGUUCUGAACCAGUACAGCCUGAGAGUUCUGGCAAUUUUCUUACGCAGCUUACCCUCCCAGUCAUUGAAUAAUAUAAUGCACGCGCCUGUGUGCCUUUCGUUCUGCAGAUGUGAUAAAGAUAUAACUAGACGUGGGAACGAUCCGUGUUGUAGUACGAUGGAGACGUGAAUAAAAAAGAAGGAGACGUGAGCGUGAAGGAAAGGAAUAGUUUUCCUCACCACAAUGCGACUACCUUUCCACAAAAAGAAUGGAGAUACCUUCACAAGUUCUAGAGAUCUUCUUCCUUCUCAUUUUAGACAUGAAGAUACUUCCUCUUUCACGUCGCCAUCGUACUACAAUACGACGCAAGCGAAAUUUUAGUACAAUAGAGGAUAUAAUUGGGCAAAAUAGACCUAGAAACCCCUAACUUCACCAAGACCGCGACGGUUGAGACGUUGCUCUCAGACGUUGCUGAAAUUUGCAAAAACGGUGGCCAGAGGGAGAUGAAGGAGGAGGGGUUGGAGAGGUAGGACAUGCUUCAGCUUGCCGGAGAUACGGGAUCUAGUAGGUACGCUGUGAUGAUGAAGAAAUUAGCAGAAUGAAAAGCUAGAAUUAUAGAACAGGUGAACAAAAUGGAUAUCAUCUUAUACGUGAAAAUAUAUGAUGUGUUGUUCUUGAGGAUGGAGUUAGGUUCUUUUUUGUCUAUAGUACGCAGGUAUCCCCUGCGGACGGCGAACCACAUGUCAUCCUGUCCUUCCUAUCAUGACUAAUAUAUCCUAAUCGCUCAUAACCGAGGAGGUAAAUGCAUGAUGAGAAACUAGGAUAUCAUGUCCGGUUGUUCGACAAAUACCAAGCUGCAAUCGUGAAGCUGCAGCCGUCUGCAUCCGUUCAACAUGCUAGCAGUCUGAUAGAAUUUCCACAUGACUUUGGUUUCUACUACAACUACUUAUUCAGCGGAACAAAUUCCUCAGUAGGUUCAACUGGGCAAUUAUUUCCAUUCAUUCACCUUCAACUAAGACUAAGAACUACACGCAGUCUGAUUCUUAUAAUAUUUAUUAGCGAAAAAAUUUCUUUUUGAGUUUGACCUCCUCCGCUUGUCAGUCACACUCAGAUUUUGCAUCAAAAUUAUCGUACCUCACGUUUUGCUGAACCACAAUGCAGUACACUGGCGAGUCACGCAUCCCAUGGACGGAAAAUCUGUUACCUUCCUACAAAAACAGGGAGGUAGCGUGACUGAAUGAAUGAGUGAUAUCUUUGCGCAGCUCACUAAUGCGCAGCUCACGACUUGUUGUUCUGGUCUGAUGAAAUUGAAACUAUUAUCUCGCAAAUCUUGCAACUGCAGCAGAACCCAGUAGAACCUGUAAAUCUAGAUGACAUGUAAUUCUACUUGUAAAAUAUGUAAUCGCAAGAGGACCUAGAAGUAUGUAAAUCGCACGAGGACUCAUUUUGGUUAUAAUGGUACUCUCAGUGCCACUGGCUCGUCGUUUUUGUGUGUUCAACUGAAUGUAUUGGAAUUACUACUACGACAGACACCAGUCAUCUCCUGAAUAAUCAUUAGACGAGGAAAAAAGCGCUUCCGAGUAGAUUUGUAGUAUCCGAUCGUGUGCUUCAUGCACACGGCCGCUGAGGUGGAGGCCCCCACGGGGAUGAAUACUGACUAAAUCUAAAAUUAAGCUUUAGGACUACAAUAUCUUUGAUCUGAGCGAGAGAGGAACUGAAAGCCUGAUCCUUGAUUCAUGC